AUGCAAUCUCAACUCAAAAGUAGUUUAUCAGUAUCUGAUGCACGAACAAUUGUAUGGCGUGAUCGUCUACGUCAAAAUGGUAAUAGUUCUUAUAGUAUUCCUAAUGGUAGGCCAUCAUUUGAAUCUGCUGAUGAAACACUUGAUGAAAUGUAUGAUUAUUUAACAAAAAGUAUUCAUUCAUCUAAUCAACAACAAAAAAAUGAAACACUUCGUCGUGGUAUGUCAAUAGGUUUAAAUCAUAAUGAAAAACCUGUACCACCAGUACGUCGUACGCCAUCAAUAAAUACAAAUACUCAACAUACAAAUAAUACAUGUGUUAAAGUACGUUUAAAAUGUGUUCAAGAAAUAAUUCAGUCAAAUACUAAUGAUGAUUUUCCUCCACCACCCGAAUUUCUUUUAUCUAAUGAUGUAAAAUCAGAAACACUAUCAUUAACAACAGCUCAUUCAUCAUUACUUGCAGAAAUUCAACGUGGUGGUUUUAAAUUACGUAAAACGGUGAUUGAUCGAGAUAGAUCAGUUCCACGUACAAAAUAA